AUGGCCUCUCUCGGGGUGAGCUGGGUCGGCCUCCUCCGGGGCGCGACCGACAUGGAGAUCUGCUGCCCACAGAUCAGUGCUUUUGUCAACUAUUGCUCGCCCUCUGAGGACGAGUACCAGUACACGGUCGAGCUGGUCCUCGCCAAGAGGGAGGCUCGCGUGGCGCGCAAGGGCAUCGUUGUGCAAUAUGCAGUCAAGUGGGACGAGUGGGACCAAACUCCGGACAUGACGUGGGAGCCGCCCGAGAACCUGUCCAACGCGAAGGAGGAGGUGGUCAAGUUUGAGCGGCGGGUGGCGGCGAUGCCUUCUCGCGACGCCUUCUCCGGGCCAACAGCUUCGCCUGCGUGCUGCUAUGCGACAUGCUGCAAGGUGGCGGACCGCGCCGAUGUCGAGACCAGCCAGUGCUUCGUGUGCGCAAAGAUGGUGCACCCGGCCUGCGCGACGCAGCACCUCUUCCUCGAGCCCUUCAUCCAGAAGCUCGACUCCGCCAACAUCUGCUUUGAUUGCGCGCUUCUGGUUGCCAUGGUGGAGAAGCGGACGCCGUUUGGCAUCGCUGGUGCGCGACUGAUGUUCGAGCCGUACUACCUCCAGCUGCGCGGCGUUGCCGCGCUCACCGAGCCCUCGCCGUUCGCCCUCGGCGCCUUCAUCGCCACCGGCUCGCUCAAGCUUUUAGAGGCCGCGACUACCACCGCGCGGUCGGCCACAGCCGGCGCCAAAUGCGCCAAGUGCAAGUCGGCUGCAGGCGAACUUCGCGCUUGCUCGUUUUGCAAGGCCGGCAUCUACCACGACACGCCUGCGUGCCUUGGGGAGCAGCGAGGGCCGGAGCCGUCCUUCAAGCGCACAAGAGCUUCCCCUGACAGCGCGUUGCGGGAGCAUUAG